AUGAUUGAUAUAAAUUUCCUUACUAGAAUGGCAGAAAGUUGGGAAUUACUAAAUGAGGCAUUUCGCAACUUAAAAAAUAUUCCCGAACAACCUCAACUUUUACCUUCACAUAUAACCCAAACUAUAGAAUCUAAACAAAUUCAACAACAAAUAACUAAAAAUUUUGAUAUUGAAAUUCAAAAAAAUCAGUUGGAUAAUGCAGAACAAUGGUUAAUUGAAACUAGACGAAUGUUUGAAAGUAUGGAAGAAAGCAAAAUUUUAAAAACACUUGAAGAACAGACUAAAGUAUGGUGGUGGAUUUUUAUUAGUGAGCUUUUUUCCAGGAUCCGCAAACUGAUUUUGAAUUUCGGGCUGAUGCCGGACCGGAUCUGA